AUGAAUCAAAACAUCCUCUGCCGUGUUUGUGCAUCCACUGACGCUACACUUGAUGUGGUGGAUAUUUUCGAUGAUUAUGUAGCCGAAGAGCGUAUUGCUGAUAUUUUGCUGGAGCUUGCAGGAAUAAAGGCGACGGUUGAUGAUGGGUUUCCUCGAAAUUGCUGUGCGCAAUGCCAUUCCGACCUCACCAGCGCUGUAAUCGUGCGAAGGAAAUGUAUUGAGUCAGAUAAACUCUUCCACACGUCUCAAGACUGCAACACUCCCGUAAUGGAUGAUCAAUCAAGCAAUGUAUCCAUGAUAUCUCCAAAACAGGAGCAUAUUCCAAGGUAUCAUUGCUCCGAAUGUUUAAUAGAUUUCUACAACUCGCAGUCACUGGAGGAACACUACCAAUCAAAGCAUGCCAACGCUAUCCAUGGUUGGAAAAGUUUUGGAAUUAGUGAUAUUUCCUUGUUCGACACUACUGACGAUGAAGAAGAGAACGAAACAGCUGGUUACGAUCAAGAGGCCAAGCCCAAAAAUGCAUCGACUAAAAUUUAUUACUGUUGCGGUUGCCUAUUGACAUUUAGCACUGAAAUCGAACGGAAACAGCAUUCCGAUACGGUACAUGCUUUAAGCACAAUGCAGAUUGAUGAAAGUCAAGUCUUUCAAUGUAAAAUAUGCUAUGGAUUGUUUUCCAAUGCAGCAAGGCUUAAACAGCAUCAAAAUAUUCAAUAUGUGAAACGAUUCCAGUGUGCAACAUGUGGAAUCCUAUUUCGCGAGCCGUGGCAACUAAACAGACAUGAGUUUAAGCAUAUGCCACAUGGAAAAUUCACUUGCCACAUAUGUGAUUCGGUUUUCUCUCAUCCGGAUAAUUUGAAAGGUCACAUCAGAACACUGCACAGCAACCCAAAACCGCAACAAAAACACGUUUGCAGUCAAUGUGGCAAAUCAUUUAGUACGUUAUCAAACCUUAGAGUUCACCAGAAACUGCAUUCUGAUGAGGAACCAUUUGCCUGCAGCUUAUGCGGGGCUCGUUACAAACUGUACAGAUAUUUGAAAUGGCACAUGGCGGCGGCGCACGUCGGGCUGCACAAGUGCAAGGAAUGUGACUAUUCAUUCAAGAGCCCGUCCGAGCUUCAAGAUCAUAUGAACCGUCAUACCGGAUCAAGACAGUUUAGCUGCACCAUUUGUAGUAGCGCUUUUUAUACCAAGAGCAAUCUUCUCCACCACUUAUCGAAAACGCAUCGACAGUUCAGAAGAAAGAAAGUUUAG